ACAGAACCUUCCAACCAGUGGAUGAAGGGGAAAGGAAAAAGUGCCAUUGAUAAAUAGGACAGCAACAUGGGAAAUACAACCACCAAAUUCCGCAAAGCCCUUAUAAAUGGAGAUGAAAACCUGGCCUGCCAAAUAUAUGAGAGCAACCCUCAGCUAAAGGAAACUCUUGACCCAAAUACUUCUUAUGGAGAAACCUACCAGCACAACACCCCGCUGCAUUACGCUGCGCGGCACGGGAUGAACCGCAUCCUGGGAACUUUCCUUUUUGUUAGAGAUGGAAACCCAAACAAACGGAACGUGCACAAUGAGACAUCUAUGCACCUGCUGUGUAUGGGACCUCAGAUCAUGAUAUCGGAGGGAGCUCUGCACCCACGCCUGACACGACCCUCCGAAGACGACUGCCGAAGGGCAGACUGCCUGCAAAUGAUCCUGAAGUGGAAAGGAGCAAAGCUGGAUGAAGGACAAUAUGAAAGAGCAGCAAUUGAUGCUGUUGAUAACAAGAAAAAUACACCUUUGCACUACGCUGCUGCCUCAGGGAUGAAAACCUGUGUAGAGCUUCUAGUAAAACAUGGUGGAGAUUUGUUUGCAGAAAAUGAAAAUAAAGAUACUCCAUGUGACUGCGCAGAGAAACAGCACCAUAAAGAGCUGGCUCUUAACCUGGAGUCUCGGAUGGUAUUCUCACGAGAUCCUGAAGCUGAAAGCAUUGAAGCUGAAUAUGCUGCUUUAGACAAAAAAGAGCCAUAUGAGGGACUGAGACUUCAGGACCUGCGAAGGCUUAAGGAUAUGCUGAUAGUGGAGUCCGCUGACAUGCUUCAAGCCCCACUCUUCACUGCAGAAGCUCUGCUUCGGGCACAUGACUGGGACAGGGAGAAGCUCCUGGAAGCGUGGAUGUCCAGCCCGGAGAACUGCUGCCAGCGCUCGGGGGUGCAGAUGCCGACGCCGCCUCCGAGCGGCUACAACGCGUGGGACACGCUGCCCUCGCCGCGCACCCCACGCACCACGCGCUCCUCCGUCACCUCCCCGGACGAGACCAGCCCCUCGCCAGGAGACAUGGAGACAGCUGUGUGUGACAUUUGCAUGUGUAAUAUUUCUGUGUUUGAAGACCCAGUGGACAUGCCUUGUGGCCAUGACUUCUGCAGAGCGUGCUGGGAGGCAUUUUUGAAUCUGAAAAUUCAGGAGGGUGAAGCUCACAACAUUUUUUGCCCAGCAUAUGACUGCUUCCAGCCUGUGCCAGUAGACAUCAUAGAAAGUGUGGUUUCCAAGGAGAUGGACAAAAGAUACCUGCAGUUUGACAUUAAGGCCUUUGUUGAAAAUAAUCCUGCCAUUAAAUGGUGCCCUAUACCUGCUUGCGAAAGAGCCGUAAGGCUAACAAGGCAAGGAUCGAAUUCCACAGGAUCAGAUACACUCAGCUUCCCUAUGCUAAAAGCCCCUGCUGUAGACUGUGGAAAAGGACAUCUUUUCUGCUGGGAAUGUCUUGGUGAAGCACAUGAACCUUGUGACUGUCAAACCUGGAAAGACUGGCUACAGAAAAUAUCUGAAAUGAAACCAGAAGAACUUGUGGGCGUUAGUGAGGCUUAUGAAGAUGCUGCCAACUGCCUGUGGUUACUAACCAACUCCAAACCAUGCGCCAACUGCAAAUCUCCCAUCCAAAAGAAUGAGGGCUGCAACCACAUGCAAUGUGCAAAGUGCAAAUAUGACUUUUGCUGGAUAUGCUUAGAAGAAUGGAAGAAGCACAGCUCUUCCACUGGAGGCUAUUACAGAUGCACUCGCUAUGAAGUUAUUCAACACGUAGAAGAGCAGUCCAAAGAGAUGACAGUAGAGGCGGAAAAGAAACAUAGAAGAUUUCAAGAGCUUGAUAGAUUUAUGCACUAUUACACAAGGUUUAAGAACCAUGAACUUAGCUACCAGUUAGAACAGCGCCUUCUAAAAACAGCCAAAGAAAAGAUGGAGCAGUUGAGUAGAGCUCUCAGUGGAACUGAGGGAGGCUGUCCUGACACCACGUUCAUUGAAGAUGCUGUGCAAGAGCUUCUGAAAACUCGCCGCAUUCUCAAGUGUUCUUAUCCGUAUGGAUUCUUCUUGGAGCCUAAAAGCACAAAGAAAGAAAUAUUUGAACUUAUGCAGACAGACUUAGAAAUGGUCACUGAAGACCUUGCACAGAAAGUGAACAGGCCUUACCUUCGGACUCCUCGCCAUAAGAUCAUCCGGGCGGCUUGUCUGGUGCAGCAGAAGCGGCAGGAAUUUUUAGCCUCUGUGGCCCGUGGUGUUGCUCCCGCUGACUCUCCAGAAGCCCCAAGGCGCAGCUUUGCUGGUGGAACAUGGGAUUGGGAGUAUUUAGGAUUUGCAUCGCCUGAGGAAUAUGCUGAAUUUCAGUAUCGGAGGCGGCACAGGCAGCGGCGGCGCGGCGACGUGCACAGCCUGCUCAGCAACACUCCGGACCCGGAUGACCCCAGUGAUCAGAGCACCCUGGACACCCAAGAAGGUGGCAGCAGUAGAAGACACGGCACCUCCAUGGUGAGUUCAGCCUCUAUGGGUAUUCUGCACAGCUCUUCGCUUCAUGACUAUACCCCUGUCAGUCGCUCUGAGAAUCAGGAUUCUCUGCAGGCUCUGAGUUCUCUAGACGAAGAUGACCCAAACAUCCUGCUAGCUAUUCAGUUAUCACUGCAAGAAUCUGGCUUGGCCAUAGACGAAGAAACUAGAGACUUUCUCAACAACGAGGCCUCCCUAGGAGCAAUAGGUACUUCCUUGCCCACCAGGCUGGACUCUGCUCCCAUGAGUAUAGACAACCCGCGCUCGGCGUUGAGCAGCUCGGAGCUGCUGGAACUGGGUGACAGCCUCAUGAGAYUGGGGGCAGGCAGCGACCCCUUCGCAGCCGAGCGCCUUCACGCRCACCCGUGCAGCGACGCGAGAAGCGGCUUGUACUCGGCAUCCAGCGACGUGGAUUCCAGCAGCCAGGAUCCCAACGCCAACGAAAAUCUUCUCGGCAAUAUUAUGGCCUGGUUUCAUGACAUGAACCCGCAGAGCAUUGCUCUGAUCCCCUCAGCCAGUACGGAGACCGAGGAGGAUUCGCAGCAGCCCAGCGCUGAAGGUGGGUCAGCAGGGCAACCAAAUCUCAUAGACAUAGGCCUGGAGCCCCCGGAGGAGCAUGCACUCUUUGAGGAUGCACUCAAAAACGAGGGCAGAGGAACCCAAACAGAGGAGGGUACUUUGGAAGAAAACCUUAUCCCGGGUGAGACAGCAUCCCAAGGUGGAGACCGUGCCAGGGACGCAGCGAGCGCCGCGGGUGCCUCGGAAGAUGCCUCGAGCCAGAUCGCCCAGACCUCCGGUGAAUGGAUUGAGCACGUGCACCUGGUGUGA